GCAAAGUUAAAAUGGGUAUAUAGAAGCCAUUGGAGUUUGGAUUAAUGGAUUAUGGACCGGGCCGGGUAUUUUAGUCAAAUUAACCACACACCAAUUUGCUUAGGAGCUAAGUUGUUUAUAUUUUGCAGAUUCAAAAUUCCAUAUACCAUUUUAUUAAUAAAUAAAAAAAUCUAUUGUAGACGGGGAAUUUAGUAAUGAUGGUCCCCACACAACACAAAGUCCAACGUGUCGCAGAUCUGUGUGCUGCAAUGAGGCGAUAUUUUGUUUGUUGAAGCGCGUGUGAGACUUUGAAGCACCGGUGAAGGAGCAGCUGCCACGCGUCCAAAUUCAUGUCAUUUAAAUUAAGUUUCUCAACGGCUUGGCGCUUACCCAUUGAAACUCGAGUCACUAAUCGAACGGCCCAUAUGCAUCGAUCAUCAUCACUCACGCUAUUUAGAGAAGGAAAAUGUGAGACCGAGGGUUUUUGUUUUCUUUCUGUUAUUACACAACACACUCUGUGAAAAAGGGGGAGUUUCUUAUUCCUUCUAGACGCUUCCAUUGAUCGGCGAUUUCUGAUACAUGGCGGAGCAUCACGAACACGAGGAAGUGAAGGGUGAGUCCUUGUUGGAGAAGAUUUCUGGGAAGAUCCACGACCACGAUUCCUCGUCUUCGUCGGAUUCCGACAACGACAAAACCAGCGCCACUGAUUCCUUCAAGUCUAAUGUUUUCAGGCUUUUCGGCAGAGAAAAGCCCAUUCAUCAUGUUCUUGGCGGUGGAAAACCGGCUGAUGUUUUUCUAUGGAGAAACAAGAAGAUAUCCGCAUCGACACUCGGAGUUGCGACCGCUAUAUGGGUUCUGUUUGAAUUGCUUGAGUACCACCUCCUGACUUUGGUUUGCCACUUCCUGAUCCUUGCUCUGGCGGGGUUGUUCUUGUGGUCCAAUGCAUCCACUUUCAUCAACAAGAGUCCACCAAAGAUCCCACAAGUGCACAUUCCAGAGGAACCUGUUUUAAAAUUUGCCUCUGCUCUUAGAAUUGAGAUCAAUCGGGCUUUUGCGGUGUUAAGGGAUAUUGCUUCUGGAAGGGAUCUCAAGAAGUUCUUAUCAGUGAUUGCUGGAUUAUGGGUUUUCUCUAUUCUGGGUUGUUGGGCCAACUUCUUGACCUUGUUCUACAUAGCUUUUGUUUUGCUUCACACUGUGCCUGUGCUUUAUGAGAAAUAUGAAGAUCAUGUCGACUCUUUUGGUGAGAAAGCAAUUGCCGAGAUUAAGAAGCAAUAUGCAGUGUUUGAUGCGAAGGUAUUGAGCAAGAUACCCAGAGGACCUCUGAAAGAUAAAAAGAAAGAUUGAAGUGGGCACUAGAUUCUGACAAAUAUGUUGUAGUGGGGUUUCAGGAACCCUAUGAUGUCAUAUUUUAUUUUUUUAGGGUCCUUUUACUAGAGACACUGUGGAAGAAAAGUAUCUUAUAUAUUUUUCUUCUGGCUUUAUAUGUACCUCUCAAGAAAUCCUAUAUGCUGCUUAUGGAUGACUUGUUAUUGUGUUGUAUUUACAUGAUGAAUACAUACUCUGCAUUUGAAUGCUUUCGUAGAUGUCGUGGUAAUUAUGUUUCCCAAA